UCUCCAUAUCACUGACACUUCAAUUAAUUCCGCCGCUCCACGAGACAGACAUGCACUGAGGAGCCCACGGGAGCAUCGAGAAAAGCUCAGAAUAUGCACGCAGUAUGACCAUAAAGUGACACCGAGCGCUCGCUGUAAUAUUUAGCUCGCGUGGACCCAAAACUGAUUCCGUCAGUAAGCCUAGUCGCGUACCGAAGUGACUUAAACGCAACAGCCUGUUUGUUUAGCACCCCGCAGUUUGUGGCCAGGGACCCACGUUGUAAAAUGAGGCUGGGAAGCAUCAUUUUAUUCGUCGCUUUCUGCUCUUUCACCGCUUAUUACAUUUACGAGCCCAUUCCUGAGGAGAUAGAAGAGAGAUGGAAACUCAUGCUGACCAACUCUUUUUUUAGAAGUCUCAGCCAUCUGGCAGAUCUAAGUGAAUUGCUGGGCCUGAAGGACUAUAUGGGGGUAAUGUACUUCAUUACUCUCUUAGAAAAGAUAGCACCCGUUUCUGAUGAGCAUGUCAAGGUGACAGAAGAAAGGUUUGAUGGAGUAGAGGUGGUGUUAUAUCAGCCAAAGCACCAGGGUAGUGACACUGACCUCAGGAGAGCUGUCGUAUACCUGCACGGUGGAGGAUGGUGUCUGGGGAGUUCCCGGAUGAGUCCAUAUGAUCUCCUGGCCAGAAAAAUGGUCACUGAGCUUGAUGCUGUGGUUCUUUCUGUGGAGUAUCGCCUUGCCCCUGCUCACCACUUCCCUGUGCCCUUUGAGGAUGUUUACCGUGUGGUCAAACACUUCCUCCAGAAGGGGGUGCUGGCCCAGUACUCUGUGCACCCUGGACGCAUUGCUGUGUCUGGGGAUAGUGCCGGGGGAAACCUGGCAGCUGCAGUCACCCAACAGUUACAAAAGGAGCCUAGUCAACAGAUCCAGCUAAAGGCCCAAGCACUCCUCUACCCUGUGCUGCAGGCUCUGGACCUUAACACGCCUUCCUAUCAGCAGAAUCAGUACAUGCCCAUUCUGCCCCGCACUCUCAUGGUGCGUUUCUGGAGUGAGUACUUCACCAGCGACAAAGCUUUUUUCAGAGCAAUGAUGGCCAACACUCACAACAACCCAGAGUCUUCAAGCCUGCUGAAGUUUGUCAACUGGAGUGCUUUUCUGCCAGAAACCUAUCACAGAAAAUACAACUACAGUGCACCCGCAGUUACUGACGGAGCAGUUGGGAUGGAUGGACCAUCUCAAUCUCUUGCCGAUCCGAGGGCGUCUCCCCUGCUUGUUCCAGAUGCAGCUUUACGCUCUUUGCCGAGGGCCUACAUUCUGACGUGUGAGUAUGAUGUUCUUCGAGAUGACGGGAUCAUGUACGCCACACGGCUCCGUGCCGCUGGUGUUGAGGUGACACAUGAACACUAUGACACGGGGUUUCACGGAGCAUUGAUGUUCACCGUGUGGCCAACUGACUUCCUGAUUGCGCGUCGCAUGACAGACAACUAUAUCAAAUGGCUCAAGGAAAAUUUGUAAAAACUUGAGUAUCAGCAGUUAUUCCACUUUUUCCUCAGAAUGCAACAAUGUUUGGUUGGGUGCAGAUUUCUACCAUCAGGUCUUUUUUUUUUUUUUGUUUGUUUGUUUUGGUGUGUUUCUUUUUCUUUGGUCAUGCUGUUUUUGUAUUUAUUGAGGAACUUGUACAUCUUACAACAAUGGAUAUAAAUAGAAAACAUGAUUUUGAGAAAAUUGAACUUUUUUUUUCUUCCAUAUAAGGUGGCUUGUUGAGUACAGAACAACAUGAAACCAUCAGAAGUACAAAGAAUAGUAUUGUGUUUGGCUCAACAGGCAAGUAUAUCAGGGUAAAAAUAUCUGGAUAUUACAUUUUUUGGCCUGUUAUGAUUUUCUUCAUUGCUUUCCAUCCACAGCACCUCCUAUCUGAUCUGAUCUGAUCUUAUGGCAUUAGUUAGUAAUGCAUACCACUGAAAAAUCUAUCCCAUUAGAGGUUUAAAGAAUUCAGUGUAAGUCUUGGCAAGGCAGAAAAGGAUUUUCACAACAGUCUGUUUAGCCAAAGUUAAUAUUUAUCACAGACUGCAGGUCCUACUGAAGCAUGAGGUGAUUUUGCAAAAAUAUCAAAAAUAAUCGCUUGCACGUACAACACAUUUCAGAAAAAAGAACUAAUCCUUUGUUGUGUGUCCCUCACAUGUGCAGCGCACACAGAGAUACUUAUGUUUAUGGUAAUACCCAUAAUUUAAAAUGCAGAGGUAGUGGCAUUGUAAUUUAAUUCAAAAAUAUCUAAAGUCCUCAUGAAAAACCCAUCUACUUGUGUUGUGCUCUAUGAAAAAGGCUUGUUCAAUUUCUUCAAGUCUACAAACAAAUAAGAAAAUCCACAUUCCAUGAAGAAUAUUGGUAUUUAUGUCAAAGAGUAUGCUGUAGAGUAAAGCUUUGCUGCAUGCAUGUACAUUUUCUUGUUCUAAAACUUAGCUGAGUGUAAUAAAGCAAUGUGGCAAAGAGAUAAAAACAAAUUUAGGAAAACAUAUCAGGAGCCUUAAUCUUUACAGAUUAUCACAAGUCUCACCCUCUAUAAUAUGAGCUGAUAAAUUUGUUUUUUUAAGGCCGUACGGUGUGUAAAUAAAUGGCUUUAUAUUUGGAUCUUGAAAAAUGCUGUCAUUUGGGAACGUGAAUAAUAGUAAAAUCAUAGAAUGUGGCAUGUCAGGAAGUAAAAGUGUGUAGCAUGUAGAUUUUCUUUUUUUUU